AUGAGCCGCGUAUACAUUAACAUACAAGGAUUUACCUUCACUGAUAAGAAAUAUGAUACUAACUGCACAAUGGUCCUCAAUGUUAUUGAUAGCAAGCAAGGAGCCACAAAAAAGUUUACAUUUAACGGCUCUGAAUCUUCUAAGAUAAAGAAGUCAUACAAUAUUGGCGUAAGAGAUCCAAAUGGUGAUCAGACUUUCACAAUUGAACUUUACCGCAAGAAGUUUUUUGCCGAGGAAUUGAUUGGCAAAGUUGAAAUCCCUAUUUCAUUCCUUGAAGUUGAUAAACUUACUUACAAUAUGCUUGAACUCAUAAGCGAAAAUAAUUUCAAGCAUCCCGUUGUUCUCCGUGUUGUUCUUCACUUGGCUUCCCAGUGCCAUGCUUUCAAAUGCCCAGUUGCUAUUCCAAAGCUUAAGCAGUUCGAUAUUACCGGAUUUGCUAGGCAGCAUGUCAAGAAGCAUGAAAACAGAAUGAGCAUGGAAACAAAACUCCUUAAGUAUUCUUACUCAUUCUAA